AUGUCAACCUCAGCCGUAGCGAAGAAGCUCGUAGUGUGCGGCGGCAACGGCUUCCUCGGGUCAAGAAUCUGCAAGUAUGCCGUCGCCAGGGGCUGGGACGUCACAUCCAUCAGCCGCUCAGGCGAGCCCAAAUGGUCCGCCGUAACCUCAUCACCAUCCCCUCCCCAAUGGUCACACAAAGUCUCCUGGGAGCGCGCCGACAUGCUCAGCCCAGUAACCUACGCGCCCCUCCUCAAGGGCGCCGACUUCGUCGUCCACAGCAUGGGCAUCCUCCUCGAAGCAGACUACAAGGGCGUCGUCUCGGGCCAGGAGUCCCCCGUCUCGGGCCUGCAAAAGGCCUUCGCCCCCGUCAAAGACCGCGGCGUCGACCCCCUAAAGACCUCCGCCGAGCCGGGCGGCGGCCCCGGGGCGGACCUCAAGCCGCCCAACCCGAAGGACCAGUUCUCCUACGAGGUCAUGAACCGCGAUAGCGCCAUCGCCCUGGCCAAGCAGGCCAACGCUGAGGAUGCAAAGGCCUUUGUCUACGUCUCUGCCGCUGGAGGGGCGCCCGUCCUCCCCGCGCGGUACAUCACCACCAAGCGCGAGGCCGAGAGCACCAUCGCCAGCGAGUUCCCGCGGAUGAGGGGCAUCUUCCCGAGGCCGCCCUUCAUGUACGACAGUUCGAGGAAGUUCACGCUGCCCCUGGCCGCCAUGACGGGCGCGGGUGCCCUGUUCAACAGACUGACCGGUGGCGUGUUGAGCGGAUUCAUGGGCGCGAGCGGCGUGAAGCCUCUGCCGGUCGAGACCGUCGCGGAAGCAGUGGUGGAAGCACUUGAUGACAUUAAGGUUCAGGGCCCGAUUGAGGUUCCCGAGCUUGAGGAGUUGGCAACCAAGGGCUGGAGGAAAACGAUGCUCUGA